UCAGAGGGUAUAUGUCCUCURGCUCCCGGUGGGGAGGUGAGAGAAAAGGGUGGAGAGCAUAGCAUAGGGGAGGUGUAGCUAGAAGUCUAGCAACUCRCCAUGUGCUCGUCGAUGUCGACGCUGUUGAUUGGCUCAUCCAUGGCAGCCAUUGCACUCGUCACGAGGUAGUGGCUGAUAACCCACAUUUGAUCGCAGGGUCAGGGCAAAUGAAGCACUGUACAGUGCCGAUCACUAUCUCACCAACUGUAGGCCUCAGUCCGAAGGAGCGGCUUGAGGCGACAGUUUGCAGAGAGAAGGAAGGGAACCUUCAAGCUGGAGAUGGGUAUGGCGGCAGCCGUACUCUUUGCAGCGAAGGUUGGAAAGCAGAGGUGGAGGGGAGAGGAGGAGAGGAGGAGGGGAUGGUUCCAACAGACGGCUGCGCCACUUGUGAGGAGAUCACGGGUUUGGUGCGUAGGGGGGGUGAGUUAGGGGCCGGUGGGCGGGGCACCAGUUUUGCAGCAGGUGCAGUGGUGGUGGUGGUGGUGUUGGUGGCAAUUGUCGGGGUAGGUUGUACCUGUUGGAGUGGGGGGGUGGCGUGUUGUAACGGUUGCGCAGCAGUGGGGGGAUGGGAUGGUGGUAUGGUGGACGUAUUUAUGGCCGUGGUGGUGGUUCGUGGAGAAGAUUGUGCAUUUGAGAAUGGGAUGGUUGCCUGCCUGUGCCUGCUUCUCUGGAUGAUGUUGUCUUUGCGUUUGUACGAAGAGGAAGGGGUUGGGCGCUGCUUAUUAGCAGUUUGCGGGAUGAGUGUAGCAGCGAAGCUGCUGGCGAAGGGCAUGGUGGAGUAUGGAGCUCUGCCAAUUAGCUGUGUGGUGGUGCAUGUGGGGUCUGCAGCAGCGAGAUGGGACAGGAUGGCAUUUGGGACAUUUGGUGUUGUCGAGAGGGGCAAGGUUAGGAAAGUUGUGGUCAAGGUGCAACUUUCCAGUGGGGAAGGCGAUAGUGCAUUUGGCAGCGUCUUUUCGGCACUCAUCAAGAUCUUUGGGGGAGAGGUUGGCAAGGGCAGUGUAGGCUUGGAUGGAGAUCGGAGCGGCAUGGUUGAAAGAAUCCAUGCACCAGAGUUUGUUCUCAAACUGGGCACUGACAUUGAUCCAGCGAGAUGUUUGCAGUGGGAUGAAGGGUGCAUCGGGGGACAUCUUGAAGUUAUUGGAUCUGCGGGGUGUGGGAGUGCAGGUUAUGGGCUCGGCAGCGAGCUGCUGUCUCUCAGCAACCCUCUGGAUGUACCAAUCCAUUUCUGCUUGGGAGAGGUUCAUCUGUUUGGCAACUUUGAGUUUGUGCUCGCUGGAUUCGUGAUUGCUACUUACUUCCCCAGUGGCGGUAAUGUGUGUGGGCGUACCGUGGUGGUUUAUGAGAUGACGGAGCUACGGGAUGUAAUGCUAGAUCGUGACUUCGGGUUUGUAUCGGCGGAUACACGCUUCAACUAUCGCAGUUAUGAGGUUGAUGCAAAUGGUACGUUGGUACUUCGUAUGGAGAUGGGGUUGGGGUAUGUGGGAGAUGACCUUCGAGAUGUAGCAGUCUACGUUACAAAGGUGCACGAUGACGUGCCGAAUCGGGCUGGGGGUGGAGGUGACGAUCUCGUUGAGAAGAUCGUUCGUAUGCUGUUGUCGUGUGUGGCAAAUGAGCAUGAUGGGCGCAUGGCAGGGAUCGCAGAAUGGGAGGCUCAUCUAGAUGCACCGUUGGAGGCACGCCCAUAUCUGCAUGGGGAGUUGCGCUAUGAUAUGUAGCCUCUGGGGAUGGAGCUACUCAUGUAGUUGUAAGGGUUAGUAGGCAUGGUUUAGUGGCAUGGGGUUUG